GCUGUGCUGAGCAGAACCGUCGUGACAGCGAGCACUCUGAGGAUAUUUUUAGAAAACAAAAAAAUAAAUAAAAGGAACAAGAGGACGAGCAGCGGAACUCAAGACAGGGGAACUGGGGAGAAGGACAGAGAGAGUGCGGCAGUCCGGACGGUUUGGGACGAGUUUCCCGCUGGUAGCAGGUCGACUGACUGGCACGAGCGAGUGAGCGUGCAAACACACACACACAAGGUUCUCCUUCCUGUUGGGGGGAUAGUUCCUGGCCGCCCCGAGGAGAGGGCACCGUCUGUUGCCUCGGGGGCUCUUGGGUAAAGAGGUGGGGGUGGGAGGGGUGGCAGUGAUAAACAGAAGGAGGAGGAAGUGUCGCUGAGCGGAUCUGAAUGAAAAGCCGGCGCUGAUUAGCCGAGAGGACAGGCAGAGGAGGGGGGGUGGUCAGCGAGGCGCAGAGGCUCCAGUUACCGCCGCCAGCGUGAAUGUGGCUCGGGAUCCAGGUCCUCCUGGCACUGGGGGCUGAUCCACGGGUCCAGCGGGCUGGAACUCAGAACACGGGACCCUGAGCAGCCGGCCAGCAGGGGGACUUUGCCGGGGCUCGUGGGGGGGGGGGAGUAUUAUUCUUGCUCCCCUGCCCUGUGACUGGAUCUGCCUUCUCAGUCUGCUCCCUUUCCCUGUUUUAUUCUCUCUCUCUCUCUCUCUCUCUCUCUCUAUCCCCCUCUUAUCUCUCGCUCUUACUCUGCUUGACACACCACUCUCGCUCCGCGGCGAGAGCAGGAGCAGCUGGGAGCCCCAGGCUGAGGUUUCCCUCCCGGGCGAAGGGGGGGCUUCUCCUCCUGGACAUGUGAGGCCACCGCGGACCCCCCUUUGGAAAAGAGGACCGAGAGGGGGGGGGCGGAGGACGCGGAGCUCCCGGAAUCGAAACCCUUUUGUCUGUGGAAGCUUGUUGAUCAGGGGGAGUUUGGGGGUGUGAAUGUGUCGGGGGGGGCGGUCUGUGGGCAAGGGGGCGUGCCGGACAUCGGGGCCCCCCAGAGAUUCAUGUGGGCCCCCGACCCGCAGGCCUGGCUGAGGGAUGACGCCGUCGCCGCUGCACUAGGUGCUCUGCGGGCAGCCAUGGCACAGGAGGGGCAUGGCGGCGAGCCGGGCGCCCCCUCCGGGGGGAGGCGCCGUCGCCGCCCGCGUCGCCCAGGAAGUGGGCCACCAGCCCUGCUGUCCAGGACAAGGCUGCACGGCCUGCGGCAGGUCUGCUCCGCCGGGGCCUCCCUGGGCCGCCGCGCCUUCUGGCUCCUGGCGCUGUGCGCCUCCCUGGGGCUGCUCCUCUCCUGGUCCUCCAACCGUCUCCUGCACUGGCUCUCCUUCCCCACCUAUACCAAGGUGCACAUGGAGUGGGCCAAGGAGCUGCCGUUCCCUGCUGUCACCGUGUGCAACAACAACCCGGUGCGCUUCCAGCACCUCUCCAAGAGUGACCUGUACUUCGCCGGACACUGGCUGGGCCUCCUGCUGGCCAACCGGACCACGCGGCCCAUGGUAGUGGACCUGCUGCACGACGAGCGGCUGGCCUGGUUCCGGAAGCUCUCUGACUUCCGCCUCUUCCUGCCGCCCCGGCACUUCGAGGGCACCAUCUUGGAGUUCAUGGACCGGCUGGGUCACCAGCUGGACGACAUGCUGCUCUACUGCAAAUUCCGUGGCGAACCAUGUGGCCCGCAGAACUUCUCCGCCGUGUUCACCAGGUACGGGAAGUGCUACACAUUCAACGCGGCAGAGGAGGGUAAAACGCUUCGCACGACGAUGAAGGGCGGCACGGGCAACGGGCUAGAGAUCAUGCUGGAUAUCCAGCAGGACGAGUACCUGCCUGUGUGGGGCGAGACAGAGGAAACAGCGUUCGAGGCCGGAAUCAGGGUGCAGGUGCAUAGCCAGGCCGAGCCGCCCUUUGUGCACGAGCUGGGCUUUGGGGUCGCUCCUGGCUUCCAGACGUUUGUGGCCACACAAGAGCAAAGGUUGACUUACCUGCCCCCACCAUGGGGCGAGUGCCGGUCAAGGCCCCCGGAGUCAGGCUUCUUCCCGGUGUACAGCGUGACGGCCUGUCGCAUCGACUGUGAGACACGCUACAUCGUGGAGAACUGCAACUGCAAGAUGGUGCACAUGCCCGGAGAUUCUCCGUUCUGCACUCCUGAGCAGUACAAGGAAUGCGCAGAGCCAGCGCUGGCGACCCUCUCCGAGAAGGAGAACAUCAACUGCAUCUGUCGAACCCCAUGUAACUUGACCCGGUACAACAAGGAGCUGUCCAUGGUGAAGAUCCCCAGCAAGACAUCGGCCAGGUACCUGGAGAAGCGCUUCAACAAGUCGGAGAAGUACAUCACGGACAACAUCCUGGUCCUGGAUGUGUUUUUUGAGGCCUUGAACUAUGAGACCAUAGAACAGAAAAAGGCCUACGAAGUUGCCAGCUUGCUCGGUGACAUCGGGGGACAGAUGGGACUGUUUAUCGGCGCCAGCAUCCUCACCAUCCUGGAGCUCUUCGACUACGCGUACGAGGUAAUAAAGGACAGAUUGUUGGACAUGUUGAGCCGGGAGGAAGAGGAAGGCAGCCGGGGCGAGGAUGUGAGCACUUGUGACCCUAUGGUGAACCAUUCGGAAGCAAUCAGCCACACAGUCAGCGUGCCGCUGCAGACCGCACUGGGGACACUGGAGGAGAUCGCCUGCUAACAGCGUCAAGGGCUGCGUCUAGACUCCUCAGCCCUGGCCCCGUUACCCUGGAGACGGGGGACAGCAGGGCACGCAUGCCAGGCACUGAAGAGACACAAUGGCAUACAGGAGGCACGACAGACUUGGGGACCAAGUUGGUGCCAAAUUUAUUUUUUGUGUGUGUCCCUUUUCGACGUUCAGCACAAAUGGGGACUGGGGACUUGUCUCCUCCAGUCUGCUGCCCUGCUGGUGAUGGAGUGAAGGGAACAUUCUGCUCCUCCGCUCAUCCCCCCCCCCAACUGUGACUCAUCCUGGACACUACCAAAAUCGGGAUGGGGGGAGGGAGGGACGCAAUCUGUACAGACGUUUUUGUGUAUACGAGUCACCUGUGCCGUUUGACACAGUUCACAGCCUACUGCCAGAUGUACAUCGUAAACUGUCCGACAUGCAUGUCCGUGGUUUGGAUACUGUUUUUACUGAUGCCAUGACUCUUGUGUUGCUUAUUUUGCACUGUUCCCCCCCCCCAUGACAGUAUAGCGACCCAAGUGAGGUAUGCUAGGCUUUUGGGAAGCAGGUGGAUCUGCAGGGGGGAGAGCAGCAGUCUGUCAAUAUCCCAUCACAAGCAGCUUUCCGUGUUAAUUAAAUGGCGUGUGCCGUGAGCUUCACGUGUCGUUCAGAACUUAUACUUGUUUCUAGUCACGGAGUUUCGUUGACCGUCAACGGCGUCCGCGCCGCCAUGAGAUCCACAGCUGAAGGAACACCGGAUGGAGCCUCAAGGGUAUGGAGGUAGGGUGAGUGUGAACAAGCCGCAACAACAGAGGUCAGCGUUGGCCAGUGGGGUGACAACCUCCUCUGAACGGCACCUACACACCAGAGGCUGUAGUUGAGCUUUUAAUAACCGCCUCCCUUUCCAAGCUCCACAACUAAACAUACAUCUGCUCCCACACGAGCUAGAUAAUCACCAAAAAGGCAGUAGCAUGUCCAUUUUGUUCUAGCACAUUCACAGCAUACUAAUUAUUUUUCUGGAAAUUUCCAUUUACUGCAUCCCAUUUAUUCUUCCUUUUAACCUGACGUAAAUAUUUCUUCAUCGUGCUUCUAUCUGAGUAUUUAUAAGGCGAUGGUGAACUGUUCUGAAACGAGGACUAACGUGGAUUGCUAAAACACACACCAAGCUGCCACCCGGUACUUUGUGCUUGCAUGGUGGAGAGGUCGGCAUGCAGAUGCAGUCCCCAAUCCUGGGAUUAAGGAACCCUGACUUUACAGAGUAUAAACACAUUGGUUCGGUUUUACUUCUAUUAAAACAGUGGUUUUAUAUAAUCAGGGAAAGCAGGCAGUCAACAGAAAGGGCCCGACAAAGCAUUUAAGCCGAUACAAAUGAGAACGUUUCCCACAUCAUAUAGAGCCCACAGGUUAGUUUGAUCGAUCGGCAAAUGUGCAAUAUUUUCAUUUCUCCAUAAAUAUAAAUAAAGAUAAAUAUCAGGAGUAAUACACAGAAUACUAAGAAUAGUUAUUGUAGAUUUUCUCUUCCUGCAGAUCAUUGGUUUAACGAAAAAAAUAUAAUAAUAUAAAAAAAACCAAACCAGAGGUGUGGCUCUAGGCAGCCAACAGUAGCCAGGUCAAGGGUCAACAAAUACGAUCAGCUAGCUAAUUCAGGGUGACUGUACAUCGUUUUUUCCCAUACUUGUUCUCUUUUCUGGGACAAAAAUAUGCCUGAAAUGUCCAUGAUUUUACUUUGUUUCAUGCUGACAGUGAGAAUGCCGUGUGCGUAUUUGUGUUGCCUCUCUUUGCGUUCUGUCGACACCGUCCUCUUUUGCAAAGCAAAAUAUCGUCAUGCUAGCUGACUUUAGCUAGCCAACAACUGAAACCUGACCUUAUAGUUAAUUAGUUUGUUCCUGUGAGUGGGGGGAAGACAGUUUGAUAGAACUUUUAGCUAUUUCCCACUUAUGUGUACUAUUGACGCAGUACAUAUACAUGGGAGAGUAGACCUUUCGUUGGUGUGGACCAUCCAUACUGUUUGCAUCUAGGUCACUGGGCGGACUGAAGGUGACUCACUGUUGAAGCAGAACCACAAAACUGUAGAAGGAGAUGAUGCCAGUCGGUGAAGUGCUGAGUGUCAACGCCCUCACCAGUUAUAAGUGUUAUAUAAAAAAAAGGUACAUCUUUUUUUAGUUAGAAGCUGGUGCCAGGAGCAGGAAAAUUCAAUACGUUAGAAUUUCCGGGAUUGAUUCCUUUUCCAUUUACUAUAAGACUGCACCAUUAAACUAUACCGAAGACACUCGAAAUGUUUGGUAACGAUAACGAUGAUUCAUAGUUUAAUAUCAGGCUAACAUCUAGAGGCUAAACUCAAUGUAAAAUUAAUGAUCUCCUCUGUUUCAGCACCUCAUCGAAGUUCAUUAAAACCAGAUAUCAGACCUUCAUCUUAUCAGGAUUAUGCUCACGCGUGUGAUAAAUAGUCCCCCAACUCGUAGCCUGAACAUUAUAAGUCUGGGUUUUCAUGGCCUUGCAAUUAGCAAGUCGUUGAAGGAACUAUGUCGUGUAACAACUGUUCAUGUCAUUAGGAUACCCGCAUGCCUAUUGGCUGACAAUUUAUGGAGGAAACUGUAAAACGCUACAUAGCAGUUUCAAUUUCAUUUUCCCUAUGGUUAGUGUAACUGGCCAAUUAACUUUUUAGAGUGUAAACAAUCUAAUAAAUAUAUUUUCCUGUAACUUACCUGCAGCUUUGGCCAAGCAAUGUGAUGGGGAUUCUUUACCGUUGACGCUGUCAUGUUAUUUAAGAAGAAAACUGGAUAGAUCCGGGCACUGCCCCCACAUCUCGCCCUCGUUUCCUUCUCAGCGUGAUCGCUGCCGCUCCAGAUCAGUAAUUGGGCUGUUUCUCCCUGUCAGUGUUUUCUCACUGUACAAACAUGUUAAUAAAUGCACAUAUCAAGUA